AUGCCCGUCGUCAAGGGAGGAGUCUGGACCAACAUCGAGGAUGAAAUUCUAAAGGCCGCUGUGUCCAAGUAUGGACUCCAACAAUGGGCUCGAGUCUCUUCGCUGCUCGCGCGCAAAACUCCCAAGCAGUGCAAGGCAAGAUGGUCAGAAUGGCUGGACCCAGGCAUCCGAAAGAUCGAAUGGACCAAAGACGAGGAUGAGAAACUUCUACACCUGGCAAAGUUGAUGCCCACCCAAUGGCGCACAAUUGCUCCCAUCGUCGGAAGAACUGCUACACAAUGUCUGGAACGUUACCAAAAACUGCUCGACGAUGCAGAGUCGCGCGAAAACGAUGAGUUCGGUCUUGGAGGUCCUGCUGGCGGCGAGGCUGCUGCUCCUUCAGCUGAGGAUGUCCGCAAACUUCGCCCUGGAGAGAUGGAUCCCGAUCCCGAGAGCAAGCCUGCCCGACCCGACACCAUCGACAUGGAUGAGGAUGAGAAGGAAAUGCUGAGUGAGGCUCGUGCUCGUCUUGCGAAUACUCAGGGAAAGAAGGCAAAGAGAAAGGCAAGAGAGAGACAACUCGAGGAAUCAAGACGUUUGGCUGUCCUGCAGAAGAGACGAGAGUUGAAGAAUGCUGGCAUCAAUAUCAAGGUCGUCACAAGAAAGAAGGGCCAGAUGGAUUACAAUGCCGACAUUCCUUUCGAAAAAGCUCCCGCUCCUGGAUUUUACGAUACUGCAGAGGAAGUCACCACAAACGAACGUGAGCGUGACGCUUUCGAUCCCCGCAAGCAGCAGCUUCAGCGUAAACGACAAGGCGACCAGGACGAUAACCCCGAAGAUCGCAAGCGUCAGAAGAAUGACAAGGGCGGAAACCAAGCUGCUUUUGCUGCAGCCGCAAAAGCUGGACGUGAGCAAAAGUUGCGUGAAGCCGAACGCAGCAGUAGACGUCGCGGUCUCGUUUUGCCCGCUCCUCAGGUCAGCGAGGGUGAGCUGGACGAGAUUGUCAAGAUGGGUAUGGUCGGUGAACGCGCAAACCUACAAGCUGGUCAGAGCGACAACGAGGCUACUCGUGCCCUGAUUGGGAACUACUCAGAUGUCGUCGGCUCAACUCCUCUCCGCACCCCUCGUGCACCGCAAGAAGAAGACCGUAUUGCCAACGAGAUUCGCAAUGCCAGAGCGCGAACAGAAACGCAGUCUGCCUUGCUGGGAGGCGACAACACCGAGCUCUACGAAGGCGAUGCUACAACUGGCUUCUCAGGCGUCGCUCCGAGCAAGCAAGCUACUGCUACACCGAACCCCAUGGCAACCCCUUUCCGUCAGAAUGGCAUCGCUGCAACACCACGUGGCCCUGGCGCUACUCCACUUCGCACACCUCGCGACACAUACGGUCUCAAUGCUGGCGACGGCAUGCAAAUGAUCGCACAAACACCACGGGACCUUCGUCUGCAACAAAAUGCUCUCCGUAGCGACAUCAAGAGCAAGCUGUCCGCCCUUCCCAAACCGAAAGAGAUGGACUUUGAACUUGAACUACCUGAAGAACAACAAGAAAUGGGCCCUGAGGUUGAGUUGAGCGAGGAAGAUGCUGCACUCCGUGAUGCUAGAAACAAGGCAGCGCAGGAGGAACUCGCGAGAGCAGAAUUCAAGCGUCAAUCACAAGUCAUCCAACGAGGACUACCACGGCCGAGUGUGGUCGACGUGGAUGCCAUGCUGAAGAAUGCCGCGGAUAAUAACGAUCUCAUCAAGAGCAGCAUUAAUCGUGAGAUGGCGUUACUUAUUGCAAACGAUGCUCUCAAAUUUAGCAAUGCUAAGGUCAGAGGCACGCCCAAGCCCACAACAUCGUUCUCAGACGAACAGGUUCAGCGGGCACGUCUCGACAUUGCGCUGGAGAUGGGCAAAGACGAGAGAGGUCGCGCUUUAUUAGCAGAAGGCUUUGGUCAGGCUUGGGAGAAGGCACAUGAACGAGGCAUGCUUCCUGGUCUCGCGGGUUAUGCAGAAGAUGAGGUUGACGAACACCAACUAAUGACUGAGGCUUUCGACAAGGGCAACACAUUAGAACAAAAACUCGUCAAGCAUCACACGGGUUACAUGAUCAGAUCAAAAACCCUGCGGCAGAAGAUCAACGAAGCAGCAGACUUCUUAGCAAAGACAAGUAUCGACGUCGAUGUCAAGAGAAUCGCUGCCGCUGCUGAAGAAGCUGGUCUGAACGAGAGAUUGGAGAAGAUUCGCGAGGAGGUCAAUGUUGUGGCCAGACGCGAGAGGGAGGCACAAGGCACUUUCAGGGAAAGGAAGGAGGAGUUGGCCUCGCUAGUGACAGCAUAG